GCUAAUUAAUCAUCCACCGAAAAAUCAGAGUUUCUCUCUGAUUCAGUCAUCAAUUCUCAUCCACAUCUCGUCAGAAGUCACCAGGAUCUGAGAGAUCGGAGAGACAUUUGAUGGGCCUUUACCUUCAGCUUCUUCUCUUCCUCCUUCAAUGGCCAAACCUCCUCCUUUCCCUUUUUCCUUCUCUUUCCUGACCCUUCACAGAUUACCCAUUACCGGUCUCCACCUCCUCCUCAUCUUCCUCCACUCCCUCUUAUAACUCUCGUCCUCUCGCCGGUCUUCCCGGUUUCACCUUACGCUUUCCUGCUUGUUUUGGCCUCUUUCAGGAACCCUUUAUCCGAUCUAGUUUAUAUUCGAUCUGGGUUCUCUUCGUUUUGUUGUUUUUCUUCUUAGAAAAUAGAAAUCAAACGCAAAGAAAGUUCCUUUCUGUUGGGUUUUCGUCACACAAGUUUUACCGGAAAAUUUGAAGUGCGAUCAAAGAAGCUUGAUUUCCCGGGAAAACGAGAGAACUCAGUUUUUAGUUUGUCCCUUGAGAAAUUGGGCAAUGGCGUCGGUGUUCCUGUACCAUGUUGUGGGUGAUCUAACGGUGGGGAAGCCGGAGAUGGUGGAGCUGUGCGAGACGGAGACGAUGGAGGCGGCCAUAAGGGCGAUCGGAGAGUCGACGGAAUGUGGCAUACCGGUGUGGAAGAGGAAAUCGCAUGUGGGAAUGGUCGAAAACAAUGAAAUGUUGCAGCAGAGGUUUGUGGGAAUCCUUAAUUCCCUCGACAUUGUUGCUUUCUUUGCUAAAAGUGAGUGCCUUGAGGAUCAUGACAAGGCUUUGAAGACUCCGGUGUCUGAUGUUGUUGUUCCGAAUAAUUCUUUGCUCAAGCAGGUUGAUCCUGCCACAAGGUUGAUAGAUGCACUGGAGAUGAUGAAGCAUGGUGUAAAGCGUCUUAUUGUUCGAAAGAGUGUGGUAUGGAAAGGCAUGAGCAAACGUUUCUCUAUGAUCUAUAGUGGUAAAUGGCUCAAGAACAUAGAUGCUAGUGGCAGCAGCAAUAACCUUGCUGCCAAUCCCAAUCGGCCUUCCUCAUCUUCCACUAGCAGUACCCGUGACAAGUUUUGCUGUCUCUCAAGAGAAGAUGUCAUCCGUUUCCUGAUUGGUUGCCUAGGUGCCCUAGCACCUCUUCCACUCUCCUCUAUCUCCUCUAUUGGAGCAAUUAACCCAAACUACCAAUUUGUUGAAGCCUCGGCUGCAGCCAUUGAAGCCACUAAAAAGCUUCCGGACGACCCUAGUGCAGUUGCUGUUGUCGAACAGACACAGGAUGAUGAGUAUAAGAUCAUCGGAGAGAUCUCUGCCUCCAAACUAUGGAAAUGUGAUUACUUAUCAGCAGCAUGGGCCUUAGCUAAUCUCUCCGCUGGACAGUUUGUGAUGGGAGUUGAGGAUAAUGUGUCCUCGAGGUCGGAAUACAAUUUCUCUGUGCAUCCCACUGCUGGAAAUAAUAACCAAGCUAAUGGUGGCGGGUCAGCAAGGCCGAAGAAGUUCAGUAGCAGGAGUAUAGGGUUCAAUCCUGCGAGCCCAAGCUUGGGAGUGAGCAGAAGCAUGUAUAGGGGCAGAAGUGCACCCUUGACCUGUAGGGUUACGAGUUCAUUGGCUGCAGUGAUGGCUCAGAUGUUGUCUCACAGGGCAACACACGUGUGGGUGACCGAGGAUCAUAGUGAUGAUAUCGUCGUUGGAGUGGUGGGUUAUGCAGAUAUUAUGGCUGCUGUCACCAAACAACCAGCCUCCACAAACCCUGCACCAGGGCGGACGACUGAGGUUGCUGGUAAUGACAUUCACCGUUGAAUUCUUCAUUCUUUUUCCUUUCUCCAACAUACUUCGUACAUUGUACUUUCUGCAAUUUAUGUUUCGUAUGCAACUUGUGCUGGCCAGAGUCUAAAAAUUGGUUUGAGACUGGAUUUUUACUUUUUUGUGAAACUUUCUUGCAGUAAUGAAUAAUGUAUCAAGUGAAUUAAAUCACUUGUGUUUGAUUUUA